AUGGAUUCAAUUAUUAGCCGGAUUCUUCACUGGUUUGGAAAUCAUGAAGCUUCUCAGACAGGCAUUGAUCGUUUGAAAGAAGAACGACGCAAAUUUGAAUUGCGAUCUAAAACACUCCAAGUACAGCUGCACGAUUGCGUUGAAGCUCUCAAAGCCCAACGCACUGAGCUUCAGGGGCUGCGAGAGAUGUAUGGUGACAGCCAGGCUGAGAUUGAAAAACUCAAGAAAGAGAAGAACAAGCUGAGAAAAAUUAUUCUUGAUCAAACGGGAUCAGAGAGAGUCUCGGAUGAUGAAAUAAAGAAAACAUUUACCAACAUCCGACAGAAAAUCCAAGCAAUCGCUCACUCCAAAGCCCUUGAUAUGGACGUGUCCGUAUCUGUCAGAUCGCCGCGCCACCCCGAGGUGCAUAACCUCUGGUAUAUCUGGAAUGAUCUUUCUCUUGCUGAUCGUGGUUUCGUAUUGAGGGGGCAAAUAUUCAGCUGCAUUGUUGAUCGUAUUCUUGAGCAGAAGCUCUUCGGCAUCAUACCAACGCAUCAUCAUGUCCUUCAGGAAAUCGAGUAUUCACUGGGAGAACUUGAAGAAUACAUGAGCUUCUCUCAAGUUCCGGCUGAAGCCAUUGUGGAUUGGAGACAUGCCACGAUGAAAGCAAUCGACCAGACCAAGAUCGAGCAUGAUUACAUUGGCGGAGUCGAGUCUGCGAUUAUGAGCUUUCUCAGUUGCCUCAUCCGAGAACAAGCGAAGAACUCUGCACCGUUUGACAAGCUGCAGCGUGAUAUUCAUGAUGUGUGCAAGGACGCGUAUCAACUAGGCUUUCUCAUGCGCAAGUCCAAGGAUCAUUACACCUGUGAAAUGUUUAGCCAGGAGAACAAUGUCCGUGAAAAUGAAACAGCCUUGGAAGUCCAUGGAGUUUUGCACGGGGGCCGUGAAUCCAGCUCCGUGGCAUUGACAAUUUGCGGAGCAUUGAUCAAAAGGCCUUGGAAUGACGACAUGGAACCUGUUGUGCUAGAGCCUGCGCAUGUCCUUGUCGAAAGUGUUUAA